AGUCAGAUCUGGACUCAGACUGGGAACACUGGUUAUAAUGGCGCAUUCAUCCUAAAAACUUAAACUGCAGACAAACUGCAAGAUGCUGCUGCUGUUGGUUCUGCUGCUCAGCUUCAGUCCGAGCUUCCCGGGACAACCCCAGCUGGAGGAGGAUCUGGAUCCAGAUUUGGGAGACUUUGAUUUAGACAUUGCGCCGCGCAGGGUCCCCCGGCAGGUGAAAGCGAUUCUUGUAAAGGAGAACAAACCUCACAUCCAAGAACUGUCCAUCAAGACCAGCAUCAUCUCCCGCUACGCUUUCACUGCGGUGUACUGCUUCAUGCAGAACCGACACCCUGCUGCUGCUGAAGGCGUCUUCCAGUUUCAGGUCCCUGCUGAGGCCUACAUCUCUAACUUCACCAUGAUCAUCGGAGGGCGUGUCUACCAGAGUGAAGUCAGGCCGAAGCAAAAGAGGGUCAAACAGGGGAACGGCAAACCCAAGAACAGAGAGUCAAGUGACACAAGCUCAGAGCCGGAGGUGUUCAGUGCGGCAGCUAGCAUACCGGGCCGGAAUCGGGCCGUCUUCCUGCUGAUGUACGAGGAGCUUCUGCAGCGGCGGCUGGGAAGUUACGAACACGUCACUAGCCUGAGACCUCUGCAGCUGGUCAGCCGCCUCAGUCUGGACAUAACCAUCGUCGAUCACGCGCCCAUCAUUGACCUGGAGGUUCUGCCGCUCCGUAACGGAAAGAUUACAGCCAAGCCAGAGGUUCCCAUCACGACUGCAGUCAAGAAUGAAAAGAACGUCUGGAAGAUCACCUUCAGCCCCAACAUCGUCCAACAAGCCAAGAUCUCCACAAGCGGCAUCCUGGGAGACUUUGUGAUCCGUUAUGACGUCCAACGAGACGCAGGGAUCGGAGACCUCCAGGUUUUAAAUGGACAUUUUGUUCACUACUUCGCUCCCAAAGAUCUGCCUGUUGUGCCCAAGAACGUGGUGUUUGUGAUCGACACCAGCGCCUCCAUGCUGGGGAAGAAGAUGAGGCAGACAAAAGAUGCUCUGUUCACCAUCCUGAGGGAUCUGAAACCUGCUGAUCAUUUUAACUUCAUCAGCUUCUCCAACAAGAUCAAAGUGUGGCAGCCGAACGGUCUGGUGCCAGUGACACCCCUGAAUGUCAGAGAUGCCAAGAAGUUCAUUUACACCCUGGUACCCAACGGGGGCACAAACAUUGAUGGAGCCAUCCAGACCGGAUCCUCUCUGCUUCGGGAUUACCUCUUGGACCCUAACACCAGCCUGAACAGCGUCUCCCUCAUCAUCUUCCUGACGGACGGACGGCCUACGAUCGGAGAGACUCAGUCUGCUUCCAUCUUGGGAAACACUCGCUCCGCCGUGAAUGAAAAGUUUUGCAUCUUCACAAUCGGGAUUGGAAAUGAUGUGGAUUACCGGCUGGUGGAGCGCAUGGCUCUGGAAAACUGUGGGAUGAUGAGACGCAUCAGUGAGGAAGCUGACGCCAGCGCUAUGCUCAAAGGGUUCUACAAUGAGAUCGGAACGCCUCUUCUGUCUGACAUCAGGAUCAACUACACUGAGAACUCUGUCAGUUAUGUCACUCAGAAGCUUUUCACCAACUACUUCAACGGCUCUGAGAUCAUCGUCGCUGGAAAGCUCACGAACCAAAGUGCAGAAUCCCUUCAUGUUCAGGUGACUGGCAGCAACAACGACAGGGUCAUCACCCUUGAGACGGAUGUGCCACUGCAGCGCCUGCAGAUGGAGACGGAGAAACAUGCGAAGGCAGCUUCUGCUGCAGUGGCAGCUGGAGCGAAGGUCGUGGGGUCAGGGGUCAUGCAGGGAUUGGACAGUUCUCUCGGUUCAGUUGCUAAAGACUUUGUAGAACAUGUUUGGGGUUUCCUCAGCAUAAAGGAGGGACUCCGGUCGUGGCUGCGCAGCCAAACCAGCAAGGAGAGGGAGGAUCACAUCCAACAGGCCACCAACCUCUCUCUGACCUAUCACUUCCUCACGCCGCUCACCAACAUGGUGGUGGAGAAGCCAGAGGUUCUGGCUGAUGGCACCAUGGCGGCAGCACCCACCAUCAGACCAGCAGCUGAUGACGCUGCUUCACCGGCCGACACAGAUGAUGAACAGCCACAGAAGCUGGACGGGAAGCUGAGAGGCCAGAUUUCAUCUCUGAGCAACAAAAUAGGAAAAGGUGAAAGGAGACCAGUCACAAAAUCCAUCGUCAUCUCCAAAACAUCAGCGGACGGCGACCCUCACUUUGUGGUGGAGUUUCCUCUCAGUAAGCUAACCGUGUGCUUUAACAUCAAUGGCGAGCCUGGGCACGUCCUCCGCCUGGUUUCUGACCACAAAUAUUCUGGUGUGACCGUUAACGGUAAGCUGAUAGGCGCCCCGGCUCCACCAGGAAGCCACAAGCAGCAGCGGACGUACUUCAGUAGCAUCGCGAUUGUGGUGGAUCAUCCGAGACGCGCCUAUAUUGAAGUGACCCCAAAUAAAGUCAUCCUGGACGGGCGGGACCGCAUCGUCCUGCCCUGUCACACCACCCUGGCUGUGGACAGUGACAUGCUGUCUAUAGCUAUAUCAGGAAGGUCUAAUGUGACGGUGACAGUUGGAGGAAACAUCAGCUUCGUCAUCCUGCUGCAUCAGUACAAAAACCCCGCCCCCUACCAGAGAGACCACCUGGGGUUCUACAUCGCCAACAGCACCGGGCUUUCACACAGCUGCCAUGGUCUGCUAGGUCAGUUCCUGCAUGAGGAAGUGGGAGUGGCGCAGCUUCCUGCACAAGGUGACUCGAACCCCUCCGUGUUCCUGAAGGUCAAGGACCGAUCGGUGCCGGUGGUCCGGAAAAGCAGGAGGAUCUACAGUGGGAGGCAGAAUGUGGACUGCUGGUUUGCCCGAAACAAUGCAGAGAAGCUGAUAGACGGGCAGUACGAGGACUACGUGACGUCUCACAUGUUCGAUACCGGAGAAUGGCCUCAUGGGACAAAUAAAGUGUGAAAACAGCCUUCCUAAUUAUUAUUUCCAAGUAUCCAAAUAUAAAUUAAUGACUGCGAGUUUUUAACCACAGGUCACUUUGUGUAUUUUUUUACUAUUUGUAAUAAAAUCAAAAGUUUUAUUAUGAUGUUUAAUAUUUUACGUGUCGAGGUAAAUAAAACCAACACUUAUUCCUGUAA